AUGAACACUAAGACUAUACCUAAGGUCACAUUUUUGUCAUAUGGACAAAAGAGCAUUGUGGAUGCUGUGAGAGAGAAAUUCCCAACUUCAACCCACGCAUUUUGUGUGCACUAUCUUAGUGAAAAGAUUGGGAAAGAGUUUAAGAAUAUGAGGCUCGUCCAUCUUCUUUGGAAAGCUGCAUAUGCCACAACUACAAUAGUUUUCAAGGAAAAGAUGGCUGAAAUCGAAGAUAUCUCUUCUGAUGCUGCCAAUUGGUUGCAUCUAUUCCCUCCUCAGCACUGGGCUUCAGUAUGCUAUGAAGGAAUACGUUAUGGUCAUCUCUCUUCAAAUAUUGAGGAACUGAAAAGGUGGAUUCUAGAAGCUCAGGAGUUGCCUCUUAUUCAGGUAAUCGAACAGAUUCAUGCUAAACUGAUGAUUGAGUUUGAGGAAAGGCGAUUGAGGAGUAGUUCUUGGUUUUCUGUACUUGCCCCUUCACCGGAAAAGCUCAUAGUAGAAGCAAUUGCCCUAUCCUCUACUUAUAAAGUCCUCCGUUCGGAUGAAGUAGAAUUCGAGGUUUUGUCCACUGAGAGAUCAGACAUUGUGAAUAUUGGUAUGCGUUCCUGUUCCUGUCGUGAUUGGCAACUCUAUGGAAUUCCCUGCUCACAUGCCGUGGCAGCUCUCGUUUCAUGUCAAAAGAAUGUGUAUGCCUUCACAGAAAAUUGUCUUACCAUUGCUAGUUACCGUGAAACAUAUGCACAAGAAAUGUACCCAAUUCCUGGAAAAAUUGAGUGGAGAAAACCAGGUGAUGCCCCGCAGGCUGAUGGCACUCAAGUUGUCCGACCACCCAAGUUCCGUCGACCACCAGGACGUCCAGAAAAGAAAAGAUUAUGUGUGGAGGAAUUCAAUUGCAAGAAACAUACCGUCCAUUGCAAUCGGUGUAACCAAACUGGACAUUAUAAUAAGACCACUUGCAAAGAAGGAAGAGUGACUAGUAUACAACAGUUUUAG